UCGGGGUUAGGCUGGGCAUCGGUCAGCGAGUGCAACAGAAAAUGGCUCUAAAUAUACCAGGAUUGGUAUCUCUGAGUGUGUUUUUUACAUUCACUUUGGCUACGGGAAUCUGGGCUUCAUGGAAAAGCAAAAAGGAUCAGCAGAACAGAAACCCGACUGAAAUGGCCCUUGUUGGAGGGAGGAAUAUAAAUGUUUGCAUUGGAUUGUUUACUGCAACUGCCACCUGGGUUGGAGGAGCAUAUAUCAAUGGCACAGCUGAAAUUGUCUACCUGCCUUCAAAAGGACUGCUCUGGGUCCAGGCACCCCUGGGAUUUGCCUUGUCCCUUGUCAUCGGUGGUUUCUUCUUUGUAAAUCCAAUGCGAUCCAAGGACUAUGUGACAGUGAUGGAUCCCCUCCAGGAAACAUAUGGGAAUGUGAUGGGAAGCUUACUCUUCAUUCCUCCACUGUUAGGAGAGAUGUUCUGGUUUGCAGCUAUCCUGGCAUCCCUGGGAGCAACAAUGAGGGUCAUCUUGGAUAUUGGAGGCUCUUUGGCUAUCAUCCUCUCAGCAUCCACUGUCAUACUCUACACUCUACUGGGAGGCCUCUACUCUGUUGCAUACACGGAUGUCAUCCAGCUGGUUUUCAUUACCCUCAGCCUGUGGGUCUGUAUCCCCUUUGCCAUGGUGAACUCUGCAACAGAAAGUAUUUAUUACACCGCAACUCAUGAAUAUUACCAAGACCCUUGGAUUGGAAAAAUAGAAAAACAGUAUCUUGGAAGGUGGCUGGACGACUUCUUCUACCUGGUGCUUGGGAGCAUCCCAUGGCAAACCUAUUUCCAAAGAGUGCUCUCAGCUGCCUCGCCAGGCCAGGCCAGGUUCAUCUCCUACCUCUCUGGACUGGGGUGCUUUUUAAUGGCCAUCCCCUCCGUGCUCAUUGGUGCAGUUGCAGCAUCAACAGACUGGAACAAGACAAGCUAUGGUCUUCCAAGUCCAUAUGAGAGAGGAGAAUCUGCUAUGGUACUGCCGUUUGUUUUACACUAUCUCUGCCCAGCAUACGUCUCCAUUGCUGGCUUAGGAGCCAUCGCUGCUGCUGCAAUGUCUUCUGCAGACUCAGCACUUCUUUCUGCCAGCUCCAUGUUUGCUCACAACAUCUACAGAAAAAUCCUGAGGAAACAGGCUACAGAAGGGGAGGUCUUAUGGGCCAUGAGGAUCUCCAUGCUGGUGUUUGGGGCCGGGGCUGCUGGCCUAGCUUUUUACUCCAGCUCUGUCUACGACCUCUGGUUCCUCAGCGGGGAGCUGGUGUAUGCCCUGCUCUUCCCCCAGCUGUGCUGUGCCCUCUUCGUUCCCAGCACCAACACCUAUGGCUCAGCUGCUGGCUUCUUGGUUGGGCUCCUCCUGAGGCUGCUGGCAGGGGAGCCUGCCCUGAAAAUCCCCCCUGUCAUCCACUACCCAGGCUGCACCUUCAUGAACGGGACCUACACGCAGCUCUUCCCCUAUAAAACAUUCACCAUGCUUCUCACCCUGGGGACUAUCGUUGCUGUUUCGUACCUGGCUGUGGUUUUGUUUCGGAGAAACCUCCUUCCCCGCAGAUGGGAUGUCUGCAAUGUGCUGGGGGAAACCCGCACCCUCGUCCCCCUGCGCUGGGUGGACAAAUGGACAGGUACACAAACAGCCGCACUGCAAGAGAAUCGGGAUUAAUUGUGGGGCCUCGUUUGAAAGGACCCACUGCACUCUGCAAUUAGCGUCUGGAGCUGCUCUUCCUUUUGCUUUCUCCAGCAAUGAAUUAUUUAAAGUCCUCGCGGAGUAAUAAAGAUGCAAUCCAUUCAUGCAA